GUCCGACUAGUGCCGACGUUAUGGAUCAAGCAAUCAAGAGCCGCGACGACACUCAACGUGGCGUCCGCUGGCGGACGCAGUGUGGAAUUCGAUGGCCCCGAUGAUGACGUCUAACAAGACGCGGCUGAGCUUCAUCUUGGCAGGGCCGACCACCGACGUGGACGACAACGUGACGGCGCUGCACGAAACAGGACGAACAGUCCCCCCACAACAUUGCGAGCAUGGGCGGCAUUUCCUUGCGCCGCUGUCCAAGAAGCGCGCAUUGCCGCCCAACGAAGUGAAUUCGCCUAUCGAAUCGAGGCAGAUUCUCGACAUGCCGUGUUCGCCAGCGCACAAAUUGACCAAAUUUACCGCCGUGACCAACCUUCACUAUACAAGUAAGCUGACGCCGCGCGCGAAUGGCGAGGUAGCGUCGCCGUCGUCCAAGUCAUCGUUGAAAACGUCCCUCAGCAAGCGAGCGUACAACCGCGAACGCCCGCAAGCGCUGCGAACGAACGAGCGCCAAGAACGCCACGCCCUGCGAUCACAUGUCGAGCAAGUUGAAGCCACGUGGUCGCGCGUGCAUCAGCAACGCCUCGUCAACCUCACGACAACACCAGGUGCAGCCGAUUUGGCUCGAGAGAGAACGGUUCGCGACUCGACCUUCCAAGUGUUCCAAGCAUUGUCCGACCGAACGCGGCAGUACGCCCACUUUUCACAAGACAUGGCGCAGUGGGUAACCACGCUUCAAUACCAAACACAUGGAGACAUGCAAUGGCUAACUACCCUCGGCGCCGGUGCAGCCAGCCCCACACACCGACAACUCGAUAUGUACCAUCAACACGCUGGUCGAGUUGGCGCCAAAGUGUUGGAGCGUUCGACACAGCCACCGUCGUUGCAUACGGCGAUUCAAGCACCGACGAAAGCCAAGCCACUACCGACUCUCAAGGUCGAUCUGAGCCACUUGCCCCCUGGAGCUCGCAAGCGCAUGUACAACCGCCUGCGUCAACGGCUAUACCGACAGCGGGAGCUUGAAGAAGUGGAUGCACUGAAUACGUACGCAAGCGAGUUGAGCAGUGCUCUCGUGCAGCUGCACGCAGCAAAAUCGGCGAACCCCCAAAGCAUGCCCCGCGGGCACGACGUAGCUGCCAGUGCGGCGUUGCAUGAAGCGAUCGAACAGAACGCCACCCUCAAAGCCAAGCUUCGCCAGCAUUGCGCUCUCAACGAUCAAUUGCAGCAGUGGGUGCAUCACGUGUCGGAUGUUAUGCACUUGGACCGUCAACUCCUUUUUACGACAGCGUAAGUCGUUGCGAAUUCCAACUCAUCGCAUUUGUGCGUCCAGUCGAUAUCGUGGGGGUUCGCCAUCGAGUGGGCGAUUGUUUUAUCGUUUGCACGAGCUGUAAUCAACGUGGCUAAGCUCAAGUGAGUGAGCAUCGAACCUGCAGUCGGUCCGUCAUCUUAAGGGCCACUCAUGGAGGCUCCCUGGAGCUUGCUGGCCAAGCUCGGUGGGUUUGUGGAUCCGACAUAUCCAACGUGUCGUUGUGUGACAAAUCGAAAUUCGGCCACUUGCUCAUCCCAUUGCGCUUCCCGUAGUCCGUUCCAUCCCUUGAAAAUGCAUUCGAACGCCGACACGCGCAGGAAACACAAAGCCGCGGGCAUAAAAAGCUUCGCUCUGGAAAAAGUCGUCCACGCACGCACGCACGACCGCGUCGUUGGCCAGUCCAUGCUCGUACACCG